GACACACACAACAGCUGAUGUUUCUCUGGUCAUUCAUCAAAAACAAUCAGGACAAUACAGUCCCUUAAAAAAAAAAAACAAAACAAACAUAUUUAUGCAAAGGCCCAAAAUGGUCUUAACAUGUCAAGAUGCUCCAACUGUGGUAUCCAAGAGAAGAGAGCAGCUGCUCUGGGUGCCAAGAUUUGUAACCUAUGUGCACUUUGUCUCAGUCCCACAGGUGGCCUUCUCAGCCUCUCUGGUGGAUAGAAGUAGCCUCUCCAUUGGACCAUUUACGGUUUUCACUCCUCUCAUCUUCAGACAUGUCAUCACAAACAUCUGGGAUGCUUACAGCCCAAACACAGGUUUUUUCACCGCACCAGUGAAAGGCGUCUACCACUUUGACUUCUACAGUGUUGCACAUGGACACAGCUCAGUCGGUCUAAAUAUUCAGUUGCUGCAAAAUGGGCAGCACAUCGUGAUCGCAUCAUCACAUCAAACAUCCGGUUUGGCAUCUGCUGCCAAUGGCGUCACGCUGGCUCUAGAGGUCAAAGAUGUCGUGUUGCUGCGUCUGUGGGUCAACAGCAACGUGUUUGAUAACACAAAUCGGCACACUACCUUCAGCGGCCAUCUGCUGUUCACCCAGUGA